AACUAACCCACCAUACAAGGACUUAUCUUUCCAAACAUGUUUCGACCGACCGGUUGAAGCUUAUUGCAUUUGUCAUUGCAUUAUUUGCAUGUUUAUCUCUGGGUUCAAUAAUGUUAUUUUCGUUAUUUGCUACUUCUAUUCACGAUUCCAUGUCGUACUCAUACUUGGAAAUCAAUUUCAUUGCGUCGUUACUGGCUAUUGGAAUGUACCUAUGCUUACCGGUAUUGGGAUAUUUGGCCGAUUGCUAUGGCCCGGCGUUAUUAUCGAUUAUUCUGAUUUGGUUAUUCUGUCCAAGUUACUUUGUUAACAGUUUAAUUAUCUCGGGUCCUUCUUCCAGGUUGAAUUUAUACAUUUUAGCGCUUAAUUUUUGUUUGAUUGGGUUGGCCACUAGCUCGUUAUAUUUUGCUAGUUUAUUAACGUGUGCUAAGAUCUAUCCUAAUCAUAAAGGUUUGGCCAUUUCGUUACCGGUUAGUUGUUAUGGGUUAUCGACGUUAAUCGGCAGUCAAAUCAUGAAAUUACCAGUGUUUAUUAAACCAAACGGAUACUUGGAGUUGUCCAAGGUAUUUGGGUUUUUCUCCGGGUUAUAUUUCAUUAUCGGAAUACUUAAUUUCGUAUCGAAUUCAAUAGUUAGUAUGGAGCUGCAGGUUUUAUUUAAUGAGUCAACUCCUUUAUUGGAAGAAGACGACUUGAUUCCCCAAAGAAGCGUUGUGGAACCAGUUAAUCACGGUCAGAGAUUUAAGAACUUCGUUAAGGACAAAUCCAGCUGGUUGCUAUUAGUUUCCUUAAUAUUAAACCUUGGUCCUUUAGAAUCGUUCCAAAAUAACUUAGGCUCGAUCAUUGAAAACACUGCUCAUCCAAUUCAAACCAACUUAUCCGAUCAAAUUGGAAUCUUGGCCACUUCGUCUACAAUCACCAGACUACUCAUGGGAGGCUUAAGCGAUUACCUAAGUUCAGAUGAUCGCAAAUACCCAAUCAAUCGUACUUGGUUGCUAAGUCUUAUUAUUCUUAUGGGGUCCUUGGGCCAGUUUGCUCUUGUUAAAAGCGGACUCAUUGAUUUCAAGUACAUUUCGGUCUUGAACGGAGCGAGCUACGGAGGGAUCUUCACCAUAUACCCGACUAUAGUGGCCAGCAUCUGGGGGAUCGAUAUAAUGGGAUCUACCUGGGGGUCUUUGAUGUUGGCUCCAGCACUAGGAUCCAUCAUAUACUCGAUUAGCUACGGUAAAACCGUCGACUACUGUGAAUCCCAGUUUUGCCUAAAUGGCUAUUUCAAUACUACUUCCUGGAGCUUACUCUUGAGUUUAGUCCUUCUUCUAGUCACCUGGCGGGCCAUCUGGUACAACCGAGGCUUCAAAAUGUUCUAACAUACCAUAGAUCUACCUCAUUAUCUACCUCAUUAUCUACCUCAUUAUCUACCUCAUUAUCUACCUCAUUAUCUACCUCAUUAUCUACCUCAUUAUCUACCUCAUUAUAUCUACCUCAUCUAUAUCUACCUCAUUAUAUCUACCUCAUCUAUAUCUACCUCAUUAUA